GUUUGGCUCAGAAGAAGGCGGCCCCAACAGAGGCCCUGUCGAUGACGGCACAGCCGGGCCCUGGCCAUGGGAAGAAGUUGGGCCAUCGAGGUGUGGACGCAUCUGGCGAAACCACCUACAAGAAGACCACCUCCUCUACCCUGAAGGGCGCCAUCCAGCUGGGCAUCGGCUACACUGUAGGCCACCUGAGCUCCAAGCCCGAGCGCGAUGUGCUCAUGCAGGACUUCUACGUGGUGGAGAGCAUCUUCUUCCCCAGUGAAGGCAGCAACCUCACCCCCGCCCACCACUUCCAGGACUUCCGUUUCAAGACCUAUGCACCUGUCGCCUUCCGCUACUUCCGGGAGCUCUUCGGGAUCCGGCCAGACGAUUACUUGUAUUCCCUGUGCAACGAGCCGCUGAUCGAGCUGUCCAACCCGGGUGCCAGCGGCUCCCUCUUCUACGUCACCAGUGACGACGAGUUCAUCAUCAAGACUGUCAUGCACAAGGAGGCCGAGUUCCUGCAGAAGCUGCUCCCCGGCUACUACAUGAACCUUAACCAGAACCCGCGGACGCUGCUACCCAAGUUCUACGGGCUGUACUGCGUGCAGUCGGGGGGCAAGAACAUCCGUGUGGUGGUCAUGAACAACAUCCUGCCCCGCGUGGUCAAGAUGCACCUCAAGUUCGACCUCAAGGGCUCCACCUACAAGCGGCGCGCCAGCAAGAAGGAGAAGGAGAAGAGCUUCCCCACCUACAAGGACCUGGACUUCAUGCAGGACAUGCCCGAGGGGCUCCUGCUGGACGCCGACACCUUCAGCGCCCUGGUCAAGACGCUGCAGCGGGACUGUCUGGUCCUAGAGAGCUUCAAGAUCAUGGACUACAGCCUGCUGCUGGGUGUGCACAACAUCGACCAGCACGAGCGUGAGCGGCAGGCGCAGGGCGCCCGGGGCACCUCGGACGAGAAGCGGCCAGUAGGCCAGAAGGCGCUCUACUCCACGGCCAUGGAGUCCAUCCAGGGCGGUGCCGCGCGCGGAGAACCCAUUGAGUCGGAUGACACGAUGGGCGGGAUCCCCGCUGUGAACGGCCGCGGGGAGCGGCUGCUACUGCACAUUGGCAUCAUUGAUAUCCUGCAGUCCUACAGGUUCAUCAAGAAGCUGGAGCACACCUGGAAGGCCCUCGUCCAUGAUGGGGACACGGUGUCUGUCCACCGCCCCAGCUUCUAUGCCGAGCGCUUUUUCAAGUUCAUGAGCAACACAGUCUUUCGGAAGAACUCCUCCCUGAAGUCCUCGCCCUCCAAGAAGGGGCGUGGCGGAGCCCUGCUGGCUGUGAAACCCCUGGGGCCCACAGCUGCCUUCUCAGCCAGCCAGAUCCCCAGCGAGCGGGAGGAGGCCCAGUACGACCUGCGGGGGGCCCGCAGCUACCCCACGCUGGAGGACGAAGGCCGGCCUGACCUUCUGCCCUGCACGCCACCUUCUUUUGAAGAAGCCACUACAGCUUCCAUUGCCACCACUCUGUCAUCCACAUCCCUCUCCAUUCCUGAGCGGUCCCCCUCGGAGACUUCGGAGCAACCUCGGUACAGGAGGGAAACUGAGACACAACCUCCCUUUGCCUGCAGGCCGCAGGAGGAGCCGCCCGCAGAAGAGGACCUGCAGCAGAUUACGGUGCAGGUGGAGCCUGCGUGCAGUGUGGAGAUCGUGGUCCCCAAAGAGGAGGACGCAGGGGUGGAGGCUUCCAUGGCCGGUGCCGCUGCCGCUGUUGAAGCAGAAACUGCCAGCCAGGCCUCGGACGAGGAGGGCGCACCCGCCAGCCAGGCCUCGGACGAGGAGGACACGCCCGCCACUGACAUCUACUUUUUCACGGAUGGGAGGUACUGGAUUUACUCUCCCCACCAUCGCCGACUGCGGGCCAUGACGCUGAGCGCCUCAGGGACUCCCACCGAUGAGAGGAGCUGGGUGUACUCCCCACUCCACUAUAGCGCCCAGGCCCCCCCGGCCUCCGACGGCGAGAGCGACACAGUAAGUGCGGCCCAGGUGCGCCCGCCGGCCCUGUGGGCUCCAAGGUCCUACUGA